UUUUUGGGCGGGAGCGGGGCCGAAGACAUAAAAGCCGGGUUCCCGGAACACUAGCGUGAGUCUCGCGGCUGAGGCGUGAGGAUGGCGUUCCGUGGGAAGAGACCGGAGCACGGCGGGCCCCCGGAGCUGUUUUAUGACAAGAAUGAAGCCCGGAAAUACGUGCGCAACUCACGGAUGAUUGAUGUCCAGACCAAGAUGGCUGGGCGCGCAUUGGAGCUCCUUUGUCUGCCCGAGGGUCAGCCCUGUUACCUGUUGGAUAUUGGAUGUGGUUCUGGGCUGAGUGGAGAUUAUCUCUCGGAUGAGGGGCACUAUUGGGUGGGCAUCGACAUCAGCCCUGCCAUGCUGGAUGCGGCCUUGGACCGAGACACUGAGGGAGACUUGCUUCUGGGGGACAUGGGCCAGGGCAUUCCCUUCAAACCAGGCACCUUUGAUGGUUGUAUCAGCAUUUCUGCUGUCCAGUGGCUCUGUAAUGCAAAUAAGAAGUCUGACAUCCCUGCCAAGCGCCUAUACUGCUUUUUUUCUUCUCUUUACUCUGUGCUGGUCCGUGGAGCCCGGGCUGUCCUGCAGCUGUAUCCUGAGAACUCUGAGCAGUUGGAGCUGAUCACGAUCCAGGCCACCAAGGCUGGCUUCACUGGUGGCGUGGUGGUGGAUUUCCCCAAUAGCGCCAAGGCAAAGAAGUUCUACCUCUGUUUGUUUUCUGGGCCUUCGACCUUUCUGCCAAAGGCCCUGACCGAAACUACUGAUGAAGAGGAGGCCACGGAGUCUGCGUUCACGAGUGAGAGAGGAUGUGCACGUGGUUCAGCCCCCUCCACCCACCAUAGAAUCCCUCUUGUCCUCACACCGGGGUCUACAGACGACAUGUGCUAACUGUAAACUUAGGUAAGCGUCCGUUUCUCGGCUGUUCAGCGAGGGGAUAAUGCCAGCACCCGGGCAGCGUGUGGAGGAGCAGAACGCGUGUGUGUGGGCAGACCCGGCACAGUGCCCGGCACGGGCCUGUCUCCUGGCUCUGUGGGCACUCGCUCUGUGGGUCCUCGGCUUGGGGGGUGGGGGGGCAGGGGGCUGUGGUCCUUUGGGAGGAUGAUCUGGCCUUCUCGUGUUCUUGUCCUUUUGUCUAAUCAUUCUUGUCAGUCUCUCUGACUCUCUCUGAUGACUCGGUCCACCUGUGGCAUUUGCCACUCCUGCCCAACUUACUUCUUGGCACCUUUGGUCUGGGGUCCUCACUCACUGCCCCCCCCUGCUGCUCUUAUCUGCCCCCAUGACUCUUUCCCAUCAUUACUUCUAUGGCUCCCAGCUUGCCACCCAGCUUGUCCUUCCUUACAGACCCUUGAUCAUUAGUCCUGUACUUCCAGCCCCCUGUUGGCAGCUGCCUCCUGCUUUGCACUUGGUGCCUCAGACUCCUGCCCCCUGGUUGUGGGCAUUCUUAAUGUUUCUUUCAUGCACCACUGCCUGUACGUGCUGAAGUGUCUAGAUCACAUUGUCUCACUUCUUUGUUGUGAAACCUCAUUGGCCGCCCACUGCUUACUGAACGGAGAGCACACUCCUUGCCUGUAUUCACACCUCUGUGAACUGGCCCAGCCAAGUGAGAUUCUGAGAUUUUUUUCUUUUUAAAAUUUUUUCAUGUGUUUUUACUCAGUUUUGAGAGAAAGCAUGAACAGUGGAGGGGCACAGAGAGAGGGGGACAAAGGAUCCAAAGUAGGCUCUGCACUGACAGCAGCCAGCCUAAUGUGGGGCUCAAACUCACAAACCGCAAGAUGAUGACCUGAGCUGAAGUCAGACACUGAAGCGACUGAGCCACCCAGGCGCCCUUACCUUUCUAUUUUAGAGGAAGGGAGAGAGCGUGUGA